AUAAAAUGGAAAGCAGGUGUGUGUGUUUUUCUCGUUUUAAUAUUAUGUCAAUUAAAAUUUUAAUCUAAUAAGAAAAUUCAAAAUACCAAAUUUCUCCUUAAUGGAUAGGAAAAAAAAAAGAAAAAAAAAACCAUUUUUUUAUAUGUAAUUUUUUAAUACGAGGAAAGAAAAUUUGGGUCUCUGUUUGUGUUUCUUUGGGGGGUAUUAUCAAUGGUUGAAUUAUAGAAAGCGAAACAUACUUCCCCCUUCGGAUUUAAGAAGGAAAAAGGAAAACAAAAGAAAAAAGCUAACUCAAUAUGCGAUCUUUGAUUUGAUUCUGGGACUUUGGUGAAAUCUGGGCCGUUACAUUUUCCGUUUCUUCGAUUGAUUUUCAGACUGUGGAAAACGCAGGCAGAGACAAACCAACGCACAGAGAGAGAGAGAGUGUGUGUGUGUGUGUGUGCGUGUGAGUGAGUGAGUGAGUGAGGGAAAUGAACGGAGGCGAUGAGUUAGUCGCAGCUCCGGCGGGCCCGCCACAGCCGUUGGAUUGGAAAUUCUCUCAGGUAUUCGGUGAACGAACCGCUGGAGAAGAAGUUCAAGAAGUUGAUAUUAUUUCAGCAAUUGAAUUUGAUAAAACUGGGGAUCAUCUUGCAACUGGUGACCGUGGGGGCCGGGUUGUUCUCUUUGAGAGGACAGAUACAAAGGAUCAUGGUGUGCCGAGAAGGGAUUUGGAGAGAAUGGAGUAUCCGAUUGGUCGGCAUCCCGAGUUUCGUUACAAGACCGAGUUCCAGAGCCAUGAGCCUGAGUUUGACUAUCUCAAGAGUUUGGAAAUAGAAGAAAAAAUCAACAAAAUAAGAUGGUGUCAAACAGCCAACGGUGCACUCUUUCUCCUUUCAACCAAUGAUAAAACCAUCAAGUUUUGGAAGGUACAAGAAAAGAAGGUCAAGAAAAUUUCAGACAUGAAUUUGGACCCAUCAAAAGCUGUAGGAAAUGGCAGCAUUGCUAGUUCAAGUAGCCCCAAACAUUGUCUUGCAAAUGGAGGCUCCCCUGACAGAUCCUACAACUAUUUGGGCAAUGACUUCUCUUUCCCACCUGGAGGCCUGCCAUCAUUGCAUUUACCUGUGGUAGUAACAAGUCAGGAGACCAACCUAGUGGCUAGAUGUCGAAGAGUAUAUGCCCAUGCUCAUGAUUAUCACAUUAAUUCUGUUUCAAAUAACAGUGAUGGCGAAACUUUUAUAUCAGCUGAUGAUCUGCGUAUAAAUCUUUGGAACUUGGAAAUUAGCAAUCAAAGUUUCAAUAUCGUCGAUGUAAAGCCUGCAAACAUGGAAGAUCUAACUGAGGUAAUAACAUCAGCAGAGUUUCAUCCUACCCACUGUAAUACGUUGGCAUAUAGCAGUUCAAAGGGCUCAAUUCGCGUAAUUGAUUUGCGGCAGUCAGCAUUGUGUGAUUCUCAUGCCAAAUUGUUUGAAGAACCAGAGGCACCUGGUUCUAGAUCAUUUUUUACAGAGAUAAUUGCCUCAAUCUCCGAUAUCAAAUUUGCAAGGGAUGGAAGAUAUAUUCUAAGCCGUGAUUACAUGACUCUUAAGUUGUGGGACAUCAAUAUGGAUUCGGGUCCUGUUGCAACUUUCCAAGUUCAUGAAUACUUAAGGCCAAAGCUGUGUGAUUUGUAUGAAAAUGAUUCAAUCUUUGACAAAUUUGAGUGUUGCCUAAGUGGUGAUGGAUUGAGAGUGGCAACAGGUUCCUACAGCAAUCUAUUCCGUGUAUUCGGUUGUGCCCCUGGAAGCACUGAGGCAACAACUCUGGAAGCCAGCAAAAAUCCAAUGAGAAGACAAGUUCAGACUCCCUCAAGGCCUUCCAGAUCCUUAAGUAGCAUAACACGUGUUGUCAGACGAGGAGCAGAAAACCCCGGAGUUGAUGCGAAUGGAAAUGCUUUUGAUUUCACGACAAAGUUGCUGCACCUAGCUUGGCACCCAACAGAGAACUCAAUCGCAUGUGCUGCAGCAAACAGCUUGUACAUGUACUAUGCAUAAAAGAUGGUCCAAGAAGAAAUAUAUUUGCUUGGUUAACUUGUUUCAGGUUGCUGAUGACAAAAGGUCCUUUCCCUUUCCCUUUCCCCUCCCAAGUCCCAACCAGUGAGUUACAGGCUACAUUGAUUCUCACACUUCCGGUGCCCUUAAAAUCCGUAGCAAAUGCUAUAGUAUCGGACCAAGAAAUGGCUGCCAUAGAUCCAUGAGGAAGCAAACCCAUAUAUGUUCCUGUGCAGGCAGCUUGGUUCUCUUUUACCGAUGACUUCACCUCAUAAACCCUAAAACAUUGCCAGUUCUUUUUUUACUUCUUAUUUUUAACCCCCUCCCCAAUGAGAUGUGGAGUAAUGUUUCUAGAUUUGUGUCGGGUUGAAGUUAGCAGGAAAUUGUGAUUGUAGCUCUCCUACAACAAACUAAAGGAUGUUCCAUAUUUACCACUAGGUUUAAGCUUAAGAUGUAGUGUUUCUCUUUUUUUCUUUUUAAUUUUUAUUGAAAAAAAAAAUCUUUGGUGGGAA